GAGUGCGAGGAGGGCGCGUGCGCGGGGAUGGCGGGGCUGGCGCGGCACCGGCCCGAGCCGCUGGCUGCGCUCGCGCACCACACGCGCUUCACCACGCACGAGAUUAAACUCAUGUACCGCGGCUUCAAACAGGAGUGUCCGUCAGGUGUAGUGGACGAGGAGGCGUUUAAGAACAUCUUCUCGCAGUUCUUCCCGCUCGGAGACGCCUCGCAGUACGCUCACUACGUGUUCAACACCAUCAAACACAAGCAGAGCGGGAAGGUCAACUUCGAGGAGUUCCUGGAGAUCCUGUCGCGAGUGGCGCGCGGCUCCGUGCAGGAGAAACUCUCCUGGGUGUUCACACUGUAUGACGUCGACGGCGACGGGCGCAUCUCGCGCUCGGAGAUGCUGGCGGUGGUGCAGGCGAUCUACGAGCUGCUGGGCCGCGCCGCCGCGCCGCCCGUGCACAGCGGCGCCGCCAAGGACCACGUCGAUAGAAUAUUCCACUUGAUCGACACUAACUCCGACGGCGUGGUGACGCCGGACGAGCUGGCGCGGUGGUGCGUGCGCGACCCGGCCCUGCUGCGCUCGCUCGACACGCUCGACACGGUCUUGUGAUCCGACACCACCAGUGCGGAUUCGGCGCGCGCCUCCAGCUCUAAGGAGGCGGAUCCGCCACUUUCCGCCCCUUCCGCCACGUCCGCCCCGAGUGUUUCCGCCCCGAUCGCCACUUCCGCCACAUCGGUCACAACUCCCGUCUCUACUCUCACAACUGCUUCUACUACGCCGGUCGCCACAACAGCCGUGCCUACGUCUACGUGUACAACGUCCCCACCCGCGGCUCCACCGCGUGUUUCCGCCCCUUCCGCCUCUUCCGCCUCUUCUGCCCCUUCCGCCCCUUCCGCCACCUCCGCCCCUCGGGCGAGCGCGGCGCCGACGACGCGGCCGCCGCCACCGCCCGUGCCUGCGAGAGUCACUGCUUCGAUAACAGAAGAGACGUCACAAAGGAAGGCGAAGCGACGCGUGCGGCGGGCAAGCUCGCCCCAGCGGCCGCGGUGAACGAAACAUUACUCUAAUACUAUGCAUUUAAAGUUUAACCUCGACUGCUCUCGGCCGUUGAUGUUCUCGAUCUUUCUAUAACACGGCACUAUACUUUAGUGUGACGAAACUUAUACAGGGUCAUUUCGACAUUGCGUUACUAAAUGAAACCACAGGUUCGU